AUGUGGAUCAAUUGCGGGCAAUUAUCCGAUUUCACACAGGCGCGCUAUGUGAUCCGCCUAACGACAGGCAAGAAACUAGUACUAUUCCGCCUGCCAACUAUCGACCCAUCAAACCCGAAAGUCAACGAGACAAAUGACGGCUGGUCCUAUUAUGCCAUGGAAGCCGAGUGCCCGCACGCCGGUGGGCCCAUGGCCGAUUCCCAAGUCGACAUUGAAGACUCGGCAUAUGUCGCGUCGUGCCCGUGGCACGCGUACGAUUUCAACGUAGAAACUGGCGAAUCGAGCGUCGGGAUCAAAGCUUGCACGUUCCCGGUUGAUGUGAGCGGCGAGUUUGUUGCGUUGGAUUUCCCCGUUGAGGAUGGUGCUAGUGUUGGUUUGGCUAAGGUUGAGCCAGUUAGUGAGAAGGUCAAGUUGAAGCAUGCGCGGCCUUCGGAUUCACCUGCUAUUGUUUCUGCUGCUGCUGCUACUACACCCAAAGACCCGGGCAUGGCGAAAUACCUCGACGACGAUGCCACGCUGUGCGAUUGGGCGGCGCAUGUGCUUAAUACCGCCAAUCCCGAGCACAAGAUCGAGCUGACGACGCAUCUGUUCGCUAUUUUCACUGCGAGAGAAGCCUCGGACUCGCCGAUGCCGCUUGGCAGAGGAACAGUACUCCCUCCAGAUGAACCACCACGGGAGGACCUGCAGACCGUCAACCCGGGUGCGAUGCCAAAGGCCGGAAGGGGCGGGACAUUGAAGAGCCGCAUUGCGAUGCUGCACGCGCUAGCCAACAUCGAACUCUGGGCGAUCGACCUAGCAAUCGACAUCUGUAUUCGAUUUGCGACAUUCCAAACAGAAGGCACAUCACAAGAACUGCCACGCACAUUCUUCCACGACUGGUUGAAAGUCGCCAGUGAUGAAGCGAAGCACUUUUCUCUCCUUCGCACUAGACUCGAAGAACUUGGCUCCGGCUUUGGUUCGCUGCCUGUGCAUCACAGUCUCUGGAUCUCAGCGACGGAAACAGCGUACGAUCUCCGCGCAAGAAUCAGUAUCAUCGCUCUUGUCCACGAAGCUCGCGGUCUUGAUGUCAAUCCUAUGACCAUUGAGAAGUUCCGUAAAGCUGGUGAUGCGGAUAGUGUGCAGUCACUGGAGGUCAUCCAUAAUGACGAGAUUACGCAUGUUACAACUGGUCAUCGGUGGUUGACGUGGAUCUGUGCCCAAGAGGGAACGGACCCUGUUCAGGUUUUCCGGUCGAAUGUGCAGAAGCAUUUCCGCGGGCCGAUCCGUGGGCCAUUUAAUGAGGAGGCUCGCCUGCAGGCUGGUAUGGAUAAGCGGUAUUAUGAGAAUCCGCAUAUCGCAGGUGAGGUGAUUGCGGCUUGA